UUUUCUUACUCUCCCAUUAAACUUGCAUUCAUUUGUCAGCCUUUUUUACUGUAUAUUUACUUACCCUUUUGUGUUCUUCCUCUGACCUCUAAAGCUUUCUUUUUUAAGCUAAUCAUUGAAUCUUUCUUGACAAAUUCCAUCUGUUGUUGUUUUGCCACACUGAAUCUUCAUUCCAAACACAUAUUAGAUGCUCACAUAAAUCGAAUCUUUUCUUGAUUUCAUUAUUCAUCUUUCAACGGAAGAUUGUACUUAUGUUAAAAAAACAUCAAGAUGCAAGAACUUCUAUGUGUUUUGUAUUCCGUCAGUGUGUGUGAAUAAUCGACAUGUGAUUUGCAUCAUGGGUUAUGACCUACAAAUAUUAUAUGCUUUUUUUUUAAUACUUUGAGUCAUUGUUAAAAGUGAAUCUACUUUUUGAGUAUUUUUUUUAUAUCUAUGGCUAUGCGUACUUACGAUAAACAAGAUGUCUUCAAUUAUGAAUUCUCAGAGUUUAUAAAUGAGAAAAUUAAUGAUGAUUUGAGAGAUCUGAUGAUAUAAACGAUGCCAGACAGCUAUGGUUUGCACUGCAAAUGAUUUAUUAGGGUGGAAAGAUUUUCCGAAGGGUCUUAGAGUCUUGCUCCUUGAUGAAGAUAUCGAUUCUGCAAAUGUAAUAAAAUCAAAACUUGAAGAAAUGGAUUAUGUUGUUUCUGCUUUCUAUAGUGAGAAUGAUGCAUUGUCGGCGAUUUCAGACAAAUCUAAAGGCUUCCAUGUAGCUAUAGUAGAGGUGAGAGCAGGUAACGAAGAUGGAAGGUUUAAGUUUCUUGAAAGGGCGAAAGAUUUGCCUACAAUCAUGACUUCAGAUGUGAAUUGCAUCAGUACCAUGAUGAAGUGCAUAGCACUUGGUGCAGUCGAGUUCCUUGAGAAACCAUUGUCCGAAGAUAAACUCCGAAACAUAUGGCAACAUGUGGCUCACAAGGCGUUCAAUGCAGGAGCUAAGGAUGAAAAUGAACUGUUGAAAUCCGAGGAAGCUUUGAUUCGUUUGGAAAAAGUAGGUAUAAAGCAAGAAAUCAUUCAAAAUAAAGAACAUAAUGAGGAGGUAUCGGUUGAAAGCGAUAAAUAUCAUGCUCCAUCGACCCCACAGUUGAAGCAAGGAAUGAGGCAUGUUGAUAAUGAAGAUCAAACGAAUCUCUCAACUGAGAAAGAGUGUGUAGAACAUGAUGGUGAGUCCAAAUUCGUCGAAAUUACUUGUGAUGAUCAUUUAGUCGUUGAUAAUGUUAUGGAGACAAACUUCUCAAAGAGUUUGGAAGAGGGAAUCAACAAGCCUUCAAGUAAUGAAUGUUGCCCCGAUCCAAAAGAUGGUAAGAAGCAAAAUGAAGCAUCCGAGCAUCCCAUUUCACGUUCUAGUAAAUCUGGUCGAAGAAAGGUCAAGGUAGAUUGGAGUAGUGAACUACACAAGAAAUUCGUACAAGCCGUGGAGCAACUUGGUGUUGAUCAAGCCAUACCUUCACGUAUAUUAGAACUUAUGAACGUAGAGGGUUUAACUAGGCAUAAUGUCGCAAGUCAUCUCCAGAAAUAUAGAUUACAACGGAGACAUAUUUUGCCCAAGGAAAGUGGCCGAAAAUGGCCUCAAACUAGACACCAUUCAACACCAAGAAACUACUAUCCACAAAAGCCCAUUAUGGCUUACCCUCCUCCAUAUCAUUCAAACCAAGUAUAUCCUACUUGGCCACCUCCACAUAGCUACCCUCCUCCACCUCAGACGUGGGGCCCACCAUAUUAUCCAACAUGGCAUUCUUCUGUAAGUUGGUUGUGGAAUCCCUACCAAGAGACACAAGCCGAAACUUGGGGCUGCCCAACCAUCCCAUCUCACCCAUCUUUUCCUCAAAAUGUUUCACAAUUUCAGAGUAACCGAACCAUGCCAAAUAAUUCAUUUGACCAUUAUCCGGGAGAUGAAGUCAUUGACAAGGUGGUGAAGGAAGCAAUAAAUAAGCCAUGGCUACCAUUGCCUUUGGGCCUGAAACCUCCAUCUACUGAAAGUGUCAUAUCAGAGCUUUCCAAACAAGGGAUCUCAACCGUUCCUCCCAAAAUCAACGGCUGUCAUUGAUGUUGAUCCUGAUGUCAGCCUCUGUACACAAUUGAUGUGUAUGAAUAUGAUCUCAAUAAAUUAACUCUGAUGUUAUACAAUGUUGUUCACGACUCACGAGAGUUCGAUGAUGUGGUUGUAAAUAGAUCUUGACUAAGCAUUUGAUUCGUGGGCCCACACAUUUUGAAUGUGAGCCCCACAUAUUGUGGGGCCCAUGUUAGUGGUGGUGAAUAACUGGCCAUGUGUAAUAAAGGUUGUACAUCUUUGAAGAGA